CCUGGGGCGGCGGCGGGGCGAGGCCCGGAAGGGGCAGGCUGGGCGGCGGGGACGAGGAGAGGCCGCCGCAGCAGCGUCGCCGCCCGCCGCCGCCUCCUGCUGGCCCUGCUGCUCCCGGCUCCCCCGCCUGGUCCUCCGCCGCCGCCUCCGCCUCCGCCGCCUCCUCCAUGGCCCGGUUGCUGCUGGCGCCGCGGCUCCUCGGCUGCUGGGGCCGGACCCUGCCGCCCUCGCCUGCGCGCCCCGCCGCCGCCGCCGCCGGCCUCCGGAGCUGCAGCCUGGGCGCCUGCGCUUCCUACCGCCUCCGGGACGGCCUGCAUCCGCUAUGGCAGAGCCCCAUUACCAUUCCAGGGGGCAGCAGACAGUCUCCGAUCAACAUCCAGUGGAGAGACAGCGUUUAUGACCCUCAUCUGAAGCCCCUGGAAAUAUGCUAUGAUCCAGCCAGCUGCCUCCAUAUGUGGAACAAUGGCUACUCCUUCCUGGUUGAAUUUGAGGAUUCCACAGACAAAUCAAUUAUUACAGGAGGGCCCUUGGAAAACAACUACCGGUUGAAGCAGUUCCACUUCCACUGGGGAGCCAUAAAUGAGUGGGGCUCAGAGCACACCGUGGACUGCAAGGUCUUCCCAGCAGAGCUGCAUUUAGUACAUUGGAACUCUUGCAAAUUUGCAAGUUUUGAAGAAGCUGUCAUGGAAGAUAACGGGCUGGCUGUGAUUGGAGUCUUCUUGAAGCUUGGAGCCAAUCACAGCGGCCUGCAGAAAUUAGUAGACAUUUUGCCGUCAAUUAAGCACAAGGAUGCCCUUGUCGAGUUUGAUGAAUUUGACCCAGCCUGCCUGCUGCCAUCGUGCCCGGAUUACUGGACCUACUUGGGAUCUCUGACCACCCCUCCGCUGACCGAGUCAGUCACCUGGAUCAUCAAGAAGCAGCCAGUCGAGGUCGAUGAAGAUCAGCUCGAGGUGUUCCGGAUGCUGCUCUUUACCCCCGCCGAAGAGGAAGAGCAGAAGAUGGUGGACAACUUCCGUCCACUUCAGCCACUCAUGGGCCGCACGGUCCGUUCAUCUUUCCCAAGCCAGCUCCGGCUGCGCUUGGAAACGCGGCCGGAGAUUCACCGGCUCCCUGAGCGGGUGCCCCUUCAGGGGACUGUACAUCUCUAAGAAGGAGAAGACAGACCAGACAUGGCUAGCACUUUAGAGAACGGGACAGCACAGCUCCAGCUCUCCUGCUGAUGCUAGACCACAACUCCUGUCACCCCGACUUCUGGCGCUGUGGCUGAGGGUGAUGGGACUUGUAGUCCAAAACCAGUGGGAGGACGAAACCUGUGCAGCCCUGGCUUGGAAUAUAUAUAGAGAGAGGCACACUAGAGUGUCACGGUCAGCUGAUUCGAGGGGAAUGGGGUUGGGUUGGUUUUUCCUUGUCCUUUUAUUCUUCUGCUGGGCUCCCUCUUCCGAAGCACAAGGAUCCGCUUGGACGAAACCCUUUCUGUGCCCUGCACUGGUCCGAAUCCCAGGCUUGUCCAGCACCAGCAACACUCUGUAUCCUUUUCUCUUUGCUUCUUCAUUUUGCAGAUCCACAGUCCCAUAAGCUGAAGAGUGGCAAACACUAUCCCCAGCGGGACACGCCCAAGGGAAGAGAGCGGGGCUUGGAGAAAGUAGAAGUAAACAUUUGGUGGGAGGUCAGGCAGAUGACUUUUCAGAAUAAUUUGGUGCUGACCUUGGUCUAGUUGGCCCAGUUCUAUCUACCUCUGAAAAGUGCCAGCUCUAGCUAUUGUGGGCAGUUAUCCCCUUUUCCCACUGUACUUUUUGUGCCUCGCUUUGGGGCAUUUUGUGCUUGCUAUUUUGGAUCCAGAGAAUGGUGUGGGAAAGGCUUGUCCAUUCUCAGGCUGUGGUCCUGAAUACACUUCUGUGGAAGUCUGGUCCGUUAACACGGAUGGGACUAGUUUGGUGGUGUAGCCCCCCACUUGGUCAAGGGGGGUUGAAUGCCCUGAGCUGCUGGUGUCCAGGGACCACCAGAGUGCUUCUGCCUGCACCCAGCUGGCGAACAAAGUGCACACACCAGCUGGGAGAGACGGACACCCCUCGCCCCCUCAUAGCGGACCAGUGCUUUCUUUGCUGGCUGGGUGCUUCCUUUCUCUCCCUCCCUCUGAACAAAGGAGAGAAAGGAAGCAUUCAGCUGCUAAACACAGCUCUGGCCAGCUGGAAGAGGGCAAGAGGCGGUAUGUCCGUGCCCUAGUGUCGGCCAUGUCCCCUGCGCCAGCAUGCUUCUGACGUGUGCGCAAGGGGCGUGGCUGCCUUGGCGUGCAGUGCUACCACGAAGACAGGCAGUGGCCUCUUCUCCGGGCCCCUGGCGUGGCUUCCCAGGAAACAUGGCUGCAACUGGGCUGUUCAUAUUUACUGAGACGGUUGGGAUUCUCAUGCCCACCCUCUUAUCAUGAGCAGGCCUGCAAUUUUCCAAGUUCAUAGACACUUUUUUUCCACUUUCUAGACUUAAGUUUUUGUAACACUUCUGAGAAAGGUCAUGGCGAUGGAUAAGCUGGAUCCUGGAGGCAUUUUCUGCUCAAGCUAUCUUGAGAUCUGCUGCGUGCCCGAAUGAAUCAACAGCUUUCAGCACUAAGGAUUGGUUGUUGUUGUUGUUUAUAAGCAUUGCAUAAUGAUAUUGGGGAGUUUUUCUGUUACAGUUUUAGCAUGCAAAUGUUAAAGCUGAAACAAAUUGUACUGAAAGAGUUUGUUGUUGUUUUUAAAAAAAGAUAUAAAAGACUGUGUUUAAAUUACAGGGUAAACGGGAAACUAUUUUCUGCCAGCAUCACUUGAUAUGAUGGAUUUUGUUUACAUGUGUGCAACUAUACCAGUCUUUUCAAACGUGAGGUUUUUGCCCAGUAUGAUUAAUGUGACUGUGUUCUGCCUCCCACCCCAUCUGUGGAGAGUGACUUGAGCCUUCACCAUCAUAGCAGAAAGCACGCUGCUUGUUUGUCUGAAGGUUCCUGUCCCAGAGAUGCCCUGGAUAUUAAAGUUUGUGCCAAAUAUAAUCAGAGCUUGGCAAAAUUAGAACAUGGCUGAUGCCAUCCUAGAUAUCUUCAUACUAAUGUAUUUUAAGAGACUGUCCAGGGUUGGGAAAGGGCGCUCAGUCUGAGAUGGAUCCUGGCUGGAUUGUGCCAUGAAAAGCUAGUAACUUUGAUUCCACCAGUGUUCUUAAGAAGGAGACACAACCAGGGUGCAGAAUCAUCGCCGCCUUCUAUAUAUCACGGGCUAUCUGUGUGACUCACCUUUAUGUUAUAUGGGCUUAUUUCCUUGAGAAUUCCUGUGCCUAUUAAUCUAGAACACAUGCCUCCAACCUGCUGGAUAAAUGGCCUCCCAAUUAGUAAUAGGGUGGUCUUCUGAUUCUGGGAAGAUUAAUAUGUCUCUCUGGGCUUAGAUACUAGGCAAAAAGAAUUGUAUCAGUGGCUACACUUUUUUAAAAAGCAAACACUUAAGUCGAUGUGUCUGUUCAACGAUAAAUAUUUACGAACUACCCGU